AUGGCUGUUGUCAUGGGAUUUGGCAGAACAGCUGUGGCGGAAGGUAUGAGGGAUGUAAGGCCUUGCCUGAGGCUUAGUUGUCUCGCACCAGAUGGCAAUUAUUACGUUGGAAGGAUUGACAGAUCGAGAGCUCUUUCUCAAUUCAACCGGUACAGGACAGCCUUUCUUCAGACUGACGCCUGCACGAAAAGGUGGUUCAGGUUCAUUCUUGACAGGCUGCAGCCUGGAAGAAAAACUGAAGUGAUGGGUCCUAACCCAGGAACUCUCCAGUUGGAAGAGUCUGGAGAUGGCUCAUAA